AUGUGACCGAGUAUCAUGCACUCUAUUGUCAGACUCCUCACUACAGCUAGCAUAUGAGCACUAAACUUGCUAUAAACAAAAAUUGAUCUCACUUGUAGCUGUUCAGCGCCGACACUUUUUGCAGUGACGUGUUCACACCAACACACUAAACACUGACUCUCAUUGUUCUGAAGGGUUGCCAGAGCAGGGGGCGUUCAGUGAAGCAUCCAGGGGUCGAGCCCAAGCCUUGAGGACACGAAGUCUUGGACAAAUGUGAUUGUUAGGGGUUUGUCAUUUGAUGUCCUCAAGAUCCAUCCAAAUAUUUGGGCAGAGCGGAGACGGAGACGGAUCGUACGUGAUAAUGAGAUACUAGUGUGAGAUACUGGGGCAUUGUGGUGAGUGAAACUAGGGCCUGGACACUUGAUAAGCCAGAUUUAGAAAAAGAAAGAACAAAGUCUUUAUUCAUCCCUUAUCUAUACGUUAGUGUACUGAUAAUAUCUUUACAUCCGCACUAAAUUAGCAUGUAGAUGUUUCAGGGAAAGAAAAGCUCUAGGUCAUUUUGCCUUGAGUAGUUGCUCAUGACUUUUUCUUCAGAUGUACGUCUAUUUUCGUCGUCAUGUGUCGGAUUCUUAUUUCUAGACUCUGGUGGUUUGUCCUGUUCGAAAAUGACAGCUGGAAAUAAAUAACGUGUCUCUUGUGCUAAGAUAAGAAGCACACACACUUGAACUAUUCAAUAACUGAAAUAGCAGCACAUGAAUAUUCAUGAAAUUUAGGCGAAUUUUCACUUAAUGUUAGGAGAUGUUACAGUGUGUUAGCUGUGUGAUGUUUUUUUUCAGUGUUACUUUAAAGUUUCCAGGCUGAUGUAAUGGGUUAAGUUAAGCAGUAAGAUUAAUGGGUUAAGUUAAGUUUGUCACAUAGACAUUACUGCACACUGAAAUUGUCUUCAUAUAUCCCAUUCUUUAAGAGUUUGGGAGUCAAAGCUCAGGGUCUGCCAAGAGCCCAGCAUUGGCAGCUUGGUGGUGCUGGGGCUUGACCCCCAAUCUUCCAAUUAACAACCCAGAGUCUUGACCACUUGAGCUACCACUGCUCUUUUAAUACACACCCUUCAACUGUCAAGGGCAUUGAGUAUGUGUAUUAAAAUGAACUAAAGAAAAAGAAUCUCUAACUGGCCAGACAGAUUUCAGUAAGACGCCUUGGAAAUAUUUGAGACAGAACACACCACCCAAAAGACUUUCCCAUAAACGAUGACACAGUGAAUACAAGAAAAAGAAACAAAAGUAAGCUAAUCAGGAGCUAACACAGAACAGGUGAACACAAUCAGGUAACAAAUCAAUAUCAGGACAGGGAUGAAGAACAGAACAGAAACCCAAAACAAAGCAAACGCAACCACAUGAUGCCAAAGUGGGAAUCCAGCACCAUCUAAACUAAGACACGAAACGUUUCUUGUGGUAAAUAGGAUUUGAUGCCAAGCUAUUCCUUGAAUCUUGUGCGAGAUCUUGUGUGGAUCUCAAGUAUUAGCCAUAGAACAGCUCAGAGUCUUUCACAGCAAUGCCACUAAUCUCAAGACAGCGAUUGAGAGAUGACUCAUACGUACGAAGCUCUAUUUGUGUGUAUUUCAGUGCUGAAACAGGAAAGACUCCACCUAACAGCCUCACGGCUCCAAUCGGACUUUCUUCAGACUUUCACACCAGCGGUUAACUCGUGGCUGAGAUAAGGACAUUACACGGCUCGCUUUAUGGAAUUACCGCUAAUACCAAAUGACUUCAUCCUGAUAAUGAUAAUCCGGAGCCUUGUCUCCUCACGCAACUUACUCUCAACUUCCGCAAAUGCUCGGCUCUUAAGCUCCUGCCCUGCCGUCUUUUUUACGUGCAGGGAAAGGGACGGGGCUUCUGGAGAACCUCGACCAUUUCUCUCUGGCUCUUUUCUGACCACAGAGGCCUGGUGUGUUAUAAGAUUACUCUCUGCGCUCACAUUAAACACAGGCUUGGAGUUUCUCCAGCUGCAGUUGGAACCUGAGACCGGGUUUAAUCACGGGCUGGUUUUCUAGUCUGCGCACUCGUCUUCUUGCUCCACCAUGUCCCACUUUCUUCAUGGGGAUAAAGUGUGCAAGUCCAGGCGCUAAUACACAAAUAAAUAACACCAUGCACCAUGUCCUGUCAUUCACUACAAGUCUCUGAAUGGUCUACCUGUUAGAAGUUAAAGAGUCUGGGCCACGGCAGCAUUAUCUUGCAUAAUAGAGCAGGAUGAGUAACAGGAGCGCAGCUGUCUCUCUGAAACCUGCAAUCUUCCUCUUGUUCCUGACGCAAAUGAGCUCCAGUGCAACACCAGUGACUCACGUCAGCAGAAAGAGGAUACUGAGGUCCCAAGACUAAAAACCUUUCUCCUGUUGGCUUUACUAGAACUGAGUGAAAAACUACAACAACAACAACAAAAAAGCAAAGAUCGUAUUUGUUUACGUUCACGAGGUAAAAUGGAAGCUAAAUCAAGUUGGAUUUAAUGGUUCCAGAGAAAAGAGGGUUUAUAAUAAUGGUUUUUAUACAGUUUCCACAAACCAUGUCGGUUAGCAAAAACGUGUUUGGUGUCUGAGGUUUGUCUUAGCUAACGUAGCUAAUGUGGCUAGAAACAGAAGUCAAAAUUUUUACUGCAUUGAGUUUUUCAAUCAUGUCAUGCAGAUGUUUUCAUGUGGUUGAGCACACACUAAGAAGUAUAAAAACAUUACUAUUUAGCUGAAAAGUGUAAAUUUAUGGAGACGGACAUCUUGGAUAAACAAGCUGUAGUUCCACUUAAGUUUAUAUAUACAGAUGCUACAUUCUCUCUGAAGGGUGUAGAAGGAGCAGGGGGUGAAUUCUUAUGCAAGAUCCUGUAGAGUAGAUUCAGUAUAUCAUCUGAAAGAAGUACAGAAUGAUUUGGACAUGCUGAUUUAAGCUGAGAUAGACUCUCAUUAAUUGUUUGCCAGCCUAAAACUUAACAGUGAAACUUUACACACUAAACAUCACACUUUACACACCAACCUUCACACUUUACACACUGAACAUCACACUGAACAGGAAACUACACACUGAACAUGAAACUUUAUACACCGACCAUCACACUUUACACACUGAACAUGAAACUUUACACACUGAAUAUCACAUUUUACACACCAACGAUCAAACUUUACACACUGAACAUGAAACUUUAUACACCAACCAUCACACUUUACACACUGAACAUGAAACUUUACACACUGAAUAUCACAUUUUACACACCAACGAUCAAACUUUACACACUGAACAUCACACUUUACACACUGAACAGGAAACUUUACACACUGAAUAUCACAUUUUACACACCAACGAUCAAACUUUACACACUGAACAUCACACUUUACACACUCAACAUGAAACUUUACACACUGAACAUCACACUUUACACAAUCAACAUGAAACUUUACACACUGAACAUAAAAGUUUACACACUGAACAUCACACUUUACACACUCAACAUGAAACUUUACACACUGAACAUCACAUUUAACACACCAACCAUCAAACUUUACACACUGAACAUCACACUUUACAUACUCAACAUCAAACUUUACACACUGAACAUCACAUUUAACACACCAACCAUCAAACUUUACACAUUGAACAUCACACUUUACAUACUCAACAUCAAACUUUACACACUGAACAUCACAUUUAACACACCAACCAUCAAACUUUACACACUGAACAUCACACUUUACACACUCAACAUCAAACUUUACACACUGAACAUCACAUUUAACACACCAACCAUCAAACUUUACACACUGAACAUCACACUUUACAUACUCAACAUCAAACUUUACACACUGAACAUCACAUUUAACACACCAACCAUCAAACUUUACACACUGAACAUCACACUGAACAGGAAACUACACGCUGAACAUGAAACUUUAUACACCAACCAUCACACUUUACACACUGAAUAUCACAUUUUACACACCAACGAUCAAACUUUACACACUGAACAUCACACUUUACACACUCAACAUGAAACUUUACACCUUACACAACAAACAUUACAUUUACACACCAUCCUUGAAGCUUUAUAGAAUGAACAUUACACGUAACACAUCAAACUUUAAAAUUAAUGGACUGAACAUCACACUUUACACACCAACCAUCAAACAUACUGAAUAUAAGCAUUAUGCACUCAACUUGAAACUUUACACACCAAACAUUAUUAAAUUAAUGCACCAAACAUUUAGCUUUACACAAAAAAACAUGAAACUUUACACACUGAACAUUAAAUGUUACACACCAACCAUGAAAAUCUACACACCAAACAUUUCACUUUACACAUCAACCAAGAAACUUUACACACUUAAAAUUAAACUUUACACAUUGAACAUUACAAUUUACAUACUGAACAUGAAACUUUAUGUACCGAACAUUAAGCUUUACACCCUGAACAUUAAGCUUUACACCCUGAACAUUAAACUUUACACAACAAAAUAAAAUUUUACACAACAAACAUGAAAUUUUACACACUGAACAUUGAACCUUAUGCACAAACAUUAAGCUUUACACACUGAGCUUGAAACUUUACACACCAAACAUUAAGCUUUACACACUGAACAUGAAAAUUUAUAACACUGAACAUGAGACUUUACAUACUGAACAUUAAACUUUAUGCACCAAACAUUAAUUUUUACACACCAAACAUUAAGCUUUACACACUGAACAUGAAACUUUACACGCUGAACAUUAAACCAUACAUGCCAACCAUGAAACUUUACACACCAAACAUUAAGCUUUACACACUGAACAUGAAAAUUUACAACACUGAACAUGAGACUUUACAUACUGAACAUUAAACUUUAUGCGCCAAACAUUAAUUUUUACACACCAAACAUUAAGCUUUACACACUGAACAUGAAACUUUACACGUUGAACAUUAAACCAUACACGCCAACCAUGAAACUUUAUACACCAAACAUUAAGCUUUACGCACCAACCAUGAAAUUUUACACACCAACCAUGAAACUUUACACACUGAACAUUAAACUUUACACACUAAACAUCAAUCUUUACACACCAAACACACUUUACACAUCAAACAUGACACUAUACUCUCCACCCAAGUCAUUGAUGUGUUUCGGGCUCAUCUAAUCAGACCUCCCUUGUACUAUUCCACAAUCUAUAUCAUAAUCUGGAACUGUUUGUUUAUUACUGACGUGCUCAGAUAGAAUUUGCUCUGUGAUGUGUUUUGUUUUUGCUCCACAUCUCACCAGCUGUGUUGAUCAGAAAAGGCCAGGCAGAGUCGGUGGGGUUUCUAUGGUGUUUAGCCAGCACAUGAAGGCUUAGUUUCCAUGGUACUUUUAUUUCCCUGAUCUGCUGGUUAACACAAACCUUGUCUUUUUGCUCUCUUUUGCACACAAAACUUUGCUAAAUAAAAAUAAUUAAGUUUUUUAAUAUAUAUAAUUAAAACUAAUCUGUGAUUUUGACACCAAAAAGACAAACAAAUAGAAUUGCUUUAAAUGAAUUCUAAUGAGUCUAAAACCCAACAGCAGUGUUGUACUUCCUUUACUGGGUUACAUUUAUUAUUAUUUUCCAAGGAACCCAAAAAGAGUAGCGUUUACUUGAAUUGAUUGAAAUUGGGGGUGUGGUUUGUGAAGACAAUUUGCAUAUUCAUUUGCACAUUCCUUUUUAGUGUUAUAGCUUGCUUGUUGUUGUUGUUAUUGCUGCUGUUGUUUUUUGUCUUUCUAUUCUGUUAUGAAAGACCUUAUUUUUGAAAGAUUUUCAGAAAUGUUUUCUUCAGAAAUUGUUUCUCAGUCAUGUGUGUGUGUGUAUAUGUGUAUUUAUGUGUGUGUGUGGUUAUGUAUUCAUAUGUUUGUGUGUUUAUGUAUAUAUGUGUGUGUGUUUAUGUAUUCAUGUUUGUGUUUAUGUAUGUAUCUGUGUGUGUUUAUGUAUUUAUAUGUGUGUAUUUAUAUGUAUUUGUGUAUGUGUGUGUGUUUAUGUGUAUUUAUAUGUGUGUGUGUGCGUGUGUAUGUGUAUUUAUGUGUGUGUGUUUGUGUAUUUAUAUUUGUGUGUAUUCAUAUGUCUUGGUGUGUGUGUUUGUGUAUGUGUGUGUGUGUAUUUAUGUAUUUAUAUGCGUGUGUGUUUAUGUGUAUUUAUAUGUGUGUGUGUGCGUGUGUAUGUGUAUUUAUGUGUGUGUGUUUGUGUAUUUAUAUUUGUGUGUAUUCAUAUGUCUUGGUGUGUGUGUUUAUGUGUAUGUGUGUGUGUGUGUGUAUUUAUGUAUUUAUAUGCGUGUGUGUUUGUGUAUUUAUAUGUGUGUGUGUGCGUGUGUAUGUGUAUUUAUGUGUGUGUGUUUGUGUAUUUAUAUUUGUGUGUAUUCAUAUGUCUUGGUGUGUGUGUUUAUGUGUAUGUGUGUGUGUGUGUGUGUAUUUAUGUAUUUAUAUGCGUGUGUGUGUUUAUGUGUAUUUGUAUAUGUGUGUUUGCAGUGGUGUAAAGUAAUGAAGUAAAAUUACUUGGUUACAGUACUUAAGUAUUUUUUGAGAGUUUUUGUACUUUACUUGAGUUUUUAUAUUUCUGUCAACUUUUACUUUUACUUCACUACUCUUUUGAAACAAAUUCUAUACUUUUACUCCGAUACAUUUUCUGCUCGGCAUUUUCGUUACUUACUACAAAAAAAAAACCUGCGUCCAAAUUUGCGGUAAAGGAAGUUUGUGGUCAGUGAUGACUUUAGGCCAUGUCCACACGUAGCUGGGGAUUUUUAAAAACGGAGAUUUUUCUUUGUUUUUUUUUUAAUUCUGUCCACACGACCUACGUGUUAAAAAUAUCUUUGUCCACAUGAAAACGCAAAACACCCUGUUACGUGCUGUCAGGAGCAUGCCUAGCCAAUCAGAAGCCUAGACAAAACUUUAGUACCGGUUCCGGUAGUUUAACAACAAUGGCACGUCGCGGGAAAGCGAUCCCCUUGACGUGAAAAUUUCAUUGUAGGAUGUAGUCCGUCCGGGUCUCAUCCAAAACCGCCAUCGCUGUGUGUGUUGUGGGAGUUCUGUAUGUAGCAGCAGUGAGCUCUGUAUUACAUUCCGGCCCUCUGUUCAUUACCGUAAUGUGUGAGUGACUGCGUGUGUAUGUCCACGCAUGUAAAAAGUCCAGUUAGCAAUGUUAACACAGUCAGUAGCUUACGCAAGUCUGCUAUUGCACAAAAUAUCUUCAUAAACAAAGCUGACAUCAAAUCAAGGAGACUGGCACACAGACAAUGAUGUCAAUUCGUCAAAAUCCCCAUUUCCCCUGUCCACACAACACCACUGAAAACGGUGAGUUUUGGAAAAUCUUCACUUUGGAAGGAGUUUUCCAAAAGCUCCGUUUUCAACGACCUCAAACUGCAUUAGCAUGUGGACGAAAGGCCAAAACACAGAGAAAAAUCUCCCUUCUUAAAAAUCCCCGGACAUGGCCUUAGUUACAAGUGCACAUGUAUGGAGACACUGAUACAGAAUACAGUUCACUAAGUUCUAAAGGCCUCUUCUUUCUUUCAUGUCAAUUCUUAUUUUUUAGGUGGUGCACUUAUUGAGAAGUUUAAGAAAGAAAGCAAUACAGAAUAAAAUUCAUAAUUCUCCAAAUGUUUACAGUCUUACUUUUUUUUUUCUUUUUUUUUUUCAUUUACUCCUACUUUUA